GCGCACCUGCAUGAAUUUCUCCUUAAUUAAAACCCUCUUCACCAUGUUCAGACCAAACCUCACAGUGUGCUGGUGUAUACAAGUAUCAUGGCCCAGUCUCGGAGGAUUCAGUUAACUACGUUGUCCUGUGAUGCAGGCCUACCUUCGUCCUCGGUAAAGCAGGCCCCGGCCUCCAAGACUCCUCCAGGUGUUCAACAGGAGAAAGAAAACCAUCCAGACACCAACGCGGUCCGCCUGGUGCUCACUUUAUUUGAACCUGACGAGAGGAGCUUCCCCGAGUUUAGCUACAGUCAGCUCAUUGAAAAUAAGAUCACGGGCACAAAAGAUGAAGUCCCACUGAGCAGAUUUGAAGAGGAAGAAAAGAGAGAGAACGAUGAGGUGGCUGCUAUUGCAAGGAAACUGGAGGAAAAAUAUGGAAGCAAACCCAAAAAAAAGAAGGACCGCGUUCAGGACCUGAUUGAUAUUGGAUAUGGUUAUGAUGAUGAGGAUUCCUUUAUCGAUAACUCUGAAGCUUAUGACGAAUUUGUGCCGUCUUCCAUCACAACCAAAUUUGGUGGAUUUUAUAUAAAUUCUGGCAUACUGCAGUUCCGCCAGGCAUCUGAUGCUGAAGACCUGACAACAGAUGAAACAAUACCCGAGCCCUCAAAAAAACGUAAACUCAAUGGCAGUAAGGACAAACCAAAGAAGAAAGCGUGCAGGGAAGAUGGAGAAAUACGAACCAACGUGGAUCAGGAGUCAAGCAUUGUGUCUAAUAAUGGGGUGGGUGAUGAGCUAAGAAAGAAAAAGAAGAAGGCUGCAGGAACUCUGAGCGUCACCAGCAUGUUGAAGAAAUUUCAAAGAGAGAAGGAGAGGGAGCGACAGAAGAUGGAGAAAGCAAACCAGAGGGCAACAGCCAUCACAAGAGUUCCCACAUUCCCUCUGUGCCCAGCAGAUGCAGCAGGAGGUGGAGGUUCAGGACUGACUGACCCUCUGCUUAGUUUGAUCGGAUCCACCAAUGACCACGCACUGAUUCAGGCUGCAAACACGGUGGAUUUUGACAUUGAUUUGGAUUCUCUAUUAGACGUCAGUGAAGACUCUUCAUCAUCCAAAACUGCUUCACAACCUCCAACAGACGAGCAGCUCUCCCAGCCUAAAUCUGAUGUUUAUACUCAAUCUGACUUUACUCACAUUGAAGUUCAGCCUGAAAAUAUAAAGACAAACCUGUCACUAAAACCUCAGACAGAGCGGACUCAGAUCGGCUCUACCUCAGCUCAGCAUGUGCUGCUGCCAGAGGGACUGCCUGCCUCAUUGGAGGACAGCAUUCAGAAACUCAUGAUGGCUGCCAGAACCUCAGAGGGAGAGUCUAAAAAGAAGUUCUUCUCUCCUGAAAUUAACUCAGUCCUGCUCGAUGUCGAGCUCCAGUGUCGGGAACACGGCAGCCAGCUGCGCUCAAAGGUGUUCACACAUCUGUCGUCUUUCCUGCCUUGCAGCAAGGACACUCUCCUCAAACGUGUAAAGAAACUGUUAGUCGCACAUAUGGAAGGGCAGCCUGAUGUAGAGGAUCCUGUGCAAAAACUUAAGGAGGCAAUUGGCAAAGUUAUGCCUGACCAGAUCGCUACUUUCCUUGAAAACUGCCAAGCAUAUGAACAAGUUAAGGCGUCAAAGGCAACAGAAGAGAGAGAUGGCAAACAGGCACUCAGUGCUGGUCCAGAGGACAACGUGGAGGAGAAAAGUGGGAAAAAAGGAGGACCGAGGAAGUGGUUCAAAUGGAAUGAAGAGAUCAGGGAGUGCUUCUCUCAGGUUGUAAGGGUGAAAAUGGAGGGAUAUAAGAAGGAAAGAAAAGGAAGCCAGGAGAUGGAGGAAUACCUUAAGACCUUGUUAGACAACGAAGUUAAACCACUUUGGCCAAAAGGAUGGAUUCAGUCCAGGGUGCUGUUAAGGGUGAGCAAGAAGGUUUUAGGCCUCUCUCCAUCAUUACCAGUAAAGAGAGCAAAGUCUGAGAAGAGGCAGCAGCCGUCCAGCUGUGGUCCAGAGGUUCAGGAAUCUCAACCUCACAUCAAAGAAGCAGAAGAUGUCUUCACAGGGAGCCCAAGUACCUCCGUCUCUCCAUCAGUGGAUGGUGAGAAGGAGGAGGUUAAAUCAGGAGAAAGGAAUGCCAUGGACACCGGUUCCACUAAACCUGUAGAGACAAAUGGAUCCCCAGUCAUCACCACACCUCCUCCGACUUCUUCUCUCCUGGAUCUCCUGGCCGAUCAGGCGCUGGCUCGAGAGCAGCCUCUCUCAGUUUCUCAGGAGCUCCUAGCAGCAGCUGUGUCAAAAUACUACAAUUCAGUUCAACAUCGAAGCUUUGAGUUUGACACCAAGAGUCCUCUUCUUCCUCCCCCACCUCCUCAGACCAGCCCUGUGGUCAUGCCUGAGAAAAUACAGAUGGGAGACUUCACCCAAAACGUGGAUGCUGCUGACGUAGUGGUCAUCUCUGAUGAGUCCGACACGGCAGUUAUAUGACAAACCUCCAUGCAAAAUGGAGAGCUGAAUCUUGAACAUGGACUGCACACCUGAUGGGAUCAAAACACACAGGAGUUCUAACAUUGUUUACAGUUAACACUUUAGCUUUGACUAUCCAGCACUUGUUGAUUUGACAACAUGAAUCUUAUCUUUUCUGUAGCUCAGCAGGAUGUGUUGUGAUUCUUAUCAUCUUUACUUGUAUUUGGAUUAAUUGUUUUCUAAGAGAGAAGAAACAUGCGCAUGAAAACAGAAAUGGCACUUUAUCUUGUGAGCAUAAAAAUUCACUACCAGCACAUUAAAAUACCAAACCUCAACCCUGAUAUAGCAGUGAGUAAAUGUGAAAAACUAGACAUCUGUUUAGAGAGAUAUUGACUAUUUUCAAAUGGAAUGAUUUGUAAUGUGGUUGAUUUACUUUGAAUUAAUAAAUAAUGAAGAGCUUA